ACACGAACGUUUUCGGGCAUCGCCCUUCAUCAGGUACGGUAUACGUACAGAUAUAAAUAAUACGCAUUAUAUUUAUUUAUACUUGUACACUUGAAAAUGUUGAUUGUGAACGACCCCUUAUAGCACUUGUUUGAUCAAGAUUAUUGUUGCUAAUAAUAGUUAAUUUCAAUGCAUGUAUAUUUAGCGGUUUAUUUCUUGUUAAAUAUUAUAAAUUCUGAUUUUUUUUUCGCGUUGAAAAUGUAUAUGUAAAAUGUUAAAAGUUUAUAAUUCAUUAAAAAUUUCCCGGUGUUUAUAUUGACGAAUUUUUUAACUUUUUCCACUCACGUAAAUUAUAUUCCAACUAAAGUGUCACAAGUUAUUGGUGCCUAGGCCUAAAUAAGGCGAAGACGGUAUUGCCGACUUCCAUUUUAUUAAAUACGGCCUAGUCCUAUAUAGUUUCUGGUUGUGCCACACAUAAACUAUGCAGUCUUAUGUUGGGGUAUGGCAAACCCAACACUCCAAAUCGUACCUAUUAAUUUAAAAAAAAAAAAAAAAAAAAAAAAAAAAAAAAAAUUAUUGUUUGUAAAGUCAACUAUUAUCAUGCAUCAAUUCCUUUAUUUAUUUCUACUACUAGGUCUUUAAAUAUUUUUGACAUCCACUGUAAACCCAUUGCUAUUUUUAUGUUUUUAAUAGGAUAAAAAUACUUUACCACAAAUUUUCAAAGAGUGAGUGAUAUCCACAAUCGUUUUACUAGAAGCAAUGAAAUGACCAUUUAAAAUAAAUCUUAGAAGAAUAACUCUUGGUUUAAAGUCCAUUAGUUACACGGGAGCUAAACUGUGGAAUAAUCUUCCAGCCUGUAUAAAACAAUCAUCAAAUUUACAUUUAUUUAAAAAAAAGUAUAAAUAAUCAUUUUUUGAAAAAAGUCACAAUAGUUCAUAUAUAGGCAUAUUUAGUUUAAGUACUUAUUAUGUAAAUACAACGUAUGAUUUUUGUGUUUCUUUUUCUUUAUAUUUAUUUGUUUCUUUUUUAGGUAUUUUAUUUAUUUAUUUAUUACUUUUCAUCUAUAUUAUUAUUGUUAUACGAUAUUUAUAGGCCUAGUGUUUUUUUUUAAAUUAUAAUUCUAUGUAAUUAUUCUUGUUCAAUGGUCUCAGCUUGAAAGCUUUGCUUUAUUUGAGUUCCCUUUUCCAUUAAUCCUGAAUCAGAAAUGUACAUUUCAGUGUUUGUUUUAUUAGGAAAUAAAGAUUUACUUACUAUAAUGCAUUCCAACGGAUCUCACCAUAACGUCCUCAAUCGUCUCCUGGCUUUCAAAAGAACCCCCUUUCUUCUAAAGAAACCUUGUUCAAUUUAGUCUAAUUAUUAGGCAAAGGCCUAUCGAAAUAAUUUUUUUAAGAUAACGAAAUUUAAUGCUUAAUUAACAGCUCCAUUAAAAUAUAAUCAGUCUUUUUUUUCCCCUAAAUGUAGUACCUAAACCCUAAAUAACAUAAUUAUAUAUGAUUAUAUAAAAUACAGAUUUAAAAACAGCAAAAAUAACGCACCCCGUCCUGUCAGUCCGAUUCAAUUCUCUAAUUUAAUUGUUUAAAACUCCUAGUUUUAUAGUGGUAUUGAUACAGAUGGAUUCUUAAAUUUUUGGAAAGUUGGAAGUAUUAAUUUAUAUACCUAGGCGGCCUCCGUGGUGUAAACAAGGUAAUGACCUUGGUAUCAACUAUAGCAACUUAUAAUAACUUUAUGGUAUAAACCAGGCAUCGAGUGUCGUAAAAACAUAUCUACCAAGGACUUGUCAGCACUCGUAAUAGGCCUACUAACCACUCGCUAAUGCCGCAGCCAAUCAAACAGACCAAUGAUUUGGGAUUUCCCCAUUGUUGCACUGCUGUGUAUACAAUACCUGGAAUUCUAUUUUUGUAACCUUCAAAUUUCCAAAAUCAUCAUCAUCAGUUAUUCUUGCACAUCAUUUGAAAGAGUGAGGCCUAGACGUUAACAUUCUGUGCUAUGGAUAUCAAACUUAACCAAUGUUUUUAUCUAUUUUAUUACUUUACAUAAUAGCAGAGAAUUUGAAGCAAUUACCACGGACCAUUGAGAUUCCAUGUAUUAUAUCGGAUACAACAAAUAAUAAUUACAACAUUUCUUUGCAUUUUAAAAAGUCACUGUUUGUGCCUAUAAGGAUAUUAAGGAGGUUUGUAUCAUGGAGGCGAAAGAAAAAUAUAUAAUAGACUUGCCCAAAAUACAAGGCAUUCCGUUACAUUUUUUCUGUGAUAAAAUUGAAGAGGAAUUUAUUUGCACUGCUUGUCAAAGUGUAUUGAGGAAUGCAAAGCAGGCAUCUUGUGGCUGUCGUUUCUGUAAUUCUUGUAUACCGAAUGAAACAACAUGCCCAUCCUGCAAGGAUCAAUUUAACAAGGAUGAAAUUACGGACGAUUUUUAUGCAAGAAGACGCUUGCGUAAAAAGAAAAUGUCUUGUUUAAACAAACACAAUGGAUGUGUAGCUACUUUUGAAUACAAAGAUUUAGAUGAUCAUCUAAAAAAUUGUGACUUUGCUAUAGUAAACUGUAUACACUUCAAAAGCGGAUGCCGGACUAAAAUUUUUCGAAAUCAUUUAACGAAACAUUUAGAAAAAGAAUGUGAAUUUCGUUUAGUUACCUGUCAAUAUUGCGAGAGGAAAAUUUCAUUUAAAGACCUCAAGGACCAUAGUUGUGAAAAUAAACCUGUUGAUUGUCCAAAUAAGUGCAACUCAGCUGCAAUGGCAUCAGAAGAGUUACAAAAUCAUCUAAUAAAUGAUUGUCCUCUUGCGUUGGUUCCAUGUGAGUUUGAAAAAAUAUGCUGUAAUAUGAAGGUUUGCAGGAAAGAUUUAGAAGUUCACCAACAAGAAUAUAUGGCAAACCACAUUUCUAUAAUACCAAAAAAGUUUGAGGAGCAGAAUCUGAUAAAUGUUAAACUCUUGCGUGAAAAUGCUGAUCUGGUAUCGAAGUGCGCAUUACUCAGCAACAAAUACCAAGAUGUGUCAGCUGAAAAUGAGUUAUUAAAGAAUAAAAUGCAGGCUAUGGAAAUUCAGAUGGCGGACUUAAGGGAAUGGGUAAAGGUUAUGUUUAAGGAAACACAGAAAAGUCUUUCAAAAACAAUUCAGCCGAUAACAGAGCAGAUUGCAAUCCUUAGUGAAGAGCAGAAAGAUCAAGCCAUAGCUGUUCAAGAGUUGCAGAAUAUGAAGGCUAGGAAUGGCAGAGAACGAGGAAAUGAGUUAGCAGCUGACAGAAGAGAUAAUGGUGGCUUAGAAACACAUGUUACGCUAAUGAAAGUGGAAUUGUCUGAAGUAAAAACGCGUCUUGCAUGUUUGGAAGAAACCAGCUACGACGGCACGCUGUUUUGGAGAAUCCCAGACAUAGAGAAAUCGGUGAGAGAGGCAGUCAGUGGAAAAACAACAUCUCUGUACAGUCAGCCAUUUUAUACCUCACGUUUUGGUUACAAAAUGUGUCUGCGAUUGUACCUAAAUGGCGACGGCAUGGGGAGGAACACUCAUGUAUCAUUGUUUUUUGUGAUCAUGCGGAGCAACUAUGAUUCAUUACUACCAUGGCCGUUCAAGCAAAAGGUGACUUUUAUCCUAUUGGAUCAAGAGACUGGUCAGAGGAGCAUGAGUGACUCCUUUCUUCCUGAUGGAAACAGCAGCAGCUUCCAGAUGCCUAAACGCCACAGAGAAAUGAACAUUGCAUCGGGCUGCCCGCUGUUUGUCAGUAAAUGUAUACUUCGAGACCCGACUUACGUCAAGCAAGACACCAUGUACAUCAAGGCAAUUGUGGAUCCACUGCCUAUAUGGUGAAGUAAGUGACCAUGUGGAGAGUACAAGUGGUUGAUGUCAAGAAGGUGAACAUAUGGUGAAGAAAAGAAUGUAAAACUUGAUUGUAGCCAGCUGUUUGUAUGUAGGGAGAAUGCAGUGGAUACUUUAAGAUCUGACCACAAGAAUCAAUUUAGCAAUUCUCAAUCUUGCAAAAUAUAGAUGCCGACUGUAUAUGCAAGUUGCGCCACGUUCAGAUAAGAGAUUGGAUGAUGAGAAUGAUCAGACAGUAAUAACAAAAAACGCUGCGCCUAAGCCAAGACUAAUUUUUUGGUUUAGGCGCAGUGACUGUGCUUUUAGUUCAGGCUGACACCAGUAUGACUUAGGACAAUCUACACAAGAUAAUGACACAACCAAGUGAAGGAAGCAUUGCUACAAUAAUAUAAGCAGGCCUAAAUUUUAUUUAAUUUAUCUGAUGUUAUCUUUGGAAAAGUAUACUGCUGGGUUACAGUACAUUAUAUACCACUUUGAAGAUGUCAUAACUAUGUCAUCAUUAAUUCAGUUUAAACAGUUGCAUGUUUAAACUGACAUUUUGCACCACAAUUUACCUUUUCUGUCUGUGUGGUUUAAUUUCCCACACAAAAAUGUCCGCUGUUGAGCGUACAUGUUCUAUUGCGAACAAAAUGGCAUUGCAAUGGUUGUUUUUAAACCUUGCACAUUACAUUUAAUUCUCAAAAUGAGUCUUGAAUGUGCACUUCAAAAACAAUCAGUCACUUGAUUUAGAAUCGUUAAAAUAGUGCCAAGUUAGCGAGGGAUAUAGCAGGCCUAGCCUAUGCCUCCUGUCGAACAGCUCAGAGGGUAUUGAUAAAAGGCCUUUUACUACAUGUUAUUUGUUAUUAAUUAGACUAGAGGGUCUUCUAGUUUCCCUCAAUUAAUCUGAAAUGUGGAUUGAUAUUCCCUUCAGGAGAUCGAGGCUUUGAUGAUCAAUGUUGUUACAGUAUUUUUAGAUUGGUAGGUUUCGAAUCCCAGAUGUUUAUUAGUACCUCGGUUUUCUGUUGUGAUCUCAGUCUUUGAAAGAAGCGUGAUCAUAAUAUAGAAUAUUAUCUUAUUUAUAUAAUUUUGUAUCAGUUCUUAUUUUACUUUCACUCCAUUCUAUUUGAUUGCCUAUUGCAUAUUAUAGAGUUAUUGACCUCUUUAUGUAAUAGUUUAUGGUUUAUAUAGCCUGGAAAAUUUUGAUUUAAUUACACUUACACAAUCAGAUGGCAAAGGUCAAUAAAUUUGUCUCGUUUUAGAGGCUUAAAAUCUGAAUGAAAAAUCAACAAAUGUAAAGUAAAAUCAACCAACACAAACAACAUUAAAACCCUGCCUAUUUCAUCCACAAAUCAGGAGAAAUAUACACUUUUCUUAUGGGGUCAAGCAGGAAGCAUUCACAAAUUGCUAUGGUAUAUUUAUCAUUUUGAUGGUUGUUCAUGCAUGGGGAGGGGGCACCUCUUGAAAAGGUGUUGGAAUUUUUAAAGUCCCUGGUAAUACUUGGAUAUCAGAUGGUUCCAUGUGCUUAACAAUGACAUGUAACUUUAUAGCUACAGUACCGAUUCUAACACAAAGGUGAUCGUGACAUUCACUUACGAUAGAGUGCACAAACAUCAAAAAACUAUUUCAACAAGGAAGCUGUCUAGCCCAGGGGUGUUUUUCUACAGGUUUUUUUAUUCAAUAUCAUAGAAAGAAGGAAAUGUGAAAAACAAAAAUAUAAAAUCAUUGGAAUGGUUUUGAUUACCGUAAAACCUUGAAUUGAAGCCCUGGGCUUU